AAAUGCAAGUCGCCCUUAAUAGUCAAAACUUUUUUAUCAACUCACCAACCUUGAAACUGUGUAAACACUUCAAAUUCAUUACAAAAAUUAUAUAAUCUAUCUAUUUCCACAAUCAUGAGAGCUAUGAGGAUAAGCGCGCGCGUAAUAAAUACGCAUUUUCUGUCGAAAGGCCACAGGAGUAACAGUUUUGGUGCGAGGAGUAUAUCAACAUCGAGUUUUAGAAACAUGAAAUAUGUACAAUUUACUUAUAAUGCUGACCCCAGCACAGUUCGUGUUGGAUAUAUCGACUGCUGUAAUGUUGUGGACAUUAACUCGGCUGACUGCGGAAUGCCCCACACCAUGAUUGAUAUAUUGAAAAAAGGAGUGGUAGACAAAGUUGCUGAACUAAGGCAGUGCAAUCCGACUUCAGUCCCGCUAACAGAUGUGACGCUGGUGGCGCCGAUUCACGGCGUGGAUAAGAUACUAUGCGUUGCUUUGAACUACGCUGACCACUGUAGAGAACAAAACUUGGAGCAACCCAAACUGCCUAUUAUAUUCAGCAAGUUUUCCAGCACUAUUAUUGGACAGAACGAGCCUUUAAGACUGAGGACUGAGAUUGUUAAGAAAGUUGAUUGGGAGGUGGAGUUAGCAGUUGUAAUCGGCCAGAAAGCCAGUGCGGUACCUGCGGCUGAAGCCUACAAAUACAUCUUUGGUUACACCGUCGCUCAGGACAUCUCUGCUAGGGACUGGCAGAAGGAGAAGAAUGGAGGACAGUUUUUACUGGGCAAGUCUCAAGACGGAUUCUGCCCCAUCGGCCCCUGCAUCCUGACUAGCGACGAAAUCGGUGACCCACAUAACCUGGACAUCAAAUGCACCCUGAACGGCGUGGAGAAACAAUCGAGCAACACCAGUAACCUCAUACACACCAUACCUAAUAUUAUCGAGAGGCUUACGUCGGUUAUGACUUUACUGCCCGGUGAUUUGAUCCUGACCGGUACCCCCGGCGGCGUGGGGGUCCACCGCAACCCCCCCGAGUUCCUCAAGCCUGGUGACGUCAUCCGCAGCGAAAUCCAGAAGAUUGGCUCCUUCGAGAUCAAAGUCGAACAGUUUUGAACGAAUUAUGUCAUGUAAAUAUAUUUAUAUUAUUAUUUUUUGAAUAUAUUAUUAUAUUGUUUUGUUACAU